AUGGGAGAAGUAUCAAAGUGGACUACGGAAAUGUUAGGAGAAAUGAUGAGCGGAAAUAAUCAGGGAAUUGGUGAAGAGAAAUGUCAGAAUAUUAAAAUAAAUGGAAGAAGAGUAACGAAGGAGGAAAAGAAGGUGUGUGAGUUUAUUGUACAGAACUUAUGGAACAUGAAAUUAAUGAGUACUGGUCCAUGUGAAAACAGAAGUGCUGCUGACAAAAUGAGGGACUAUGUUCACUGUGCAGUAAUGAAGGCGUGGUCUUAUUUGUACCUACAAGAUCAUUGUGAUAAGGGGCAUGUUAUUCAGAAGGCAUUUGAUGAAAUGAAGAAAUUGAGCGAAACACUUGGUACUAUGGGGAAGGUAGGCCAAGGAUUCAAUACUGGGGUUCAGUGUAAAGAAUGUGAUUAUAGUGAAGUGCUGGAACCUAUGAAAAUAUUAAGCAAUUUCAGUUUGCUAGGAACUAUUCUUGGUGCUAUAAGAAGUAAGAAGGAAGUUAUGACACUAAUAAAUAAGGAGCCACCGCAGGAACAAUGUACACCAGAACAGAAGAAUGCUGCAUCGGAAUUAGUAGCAAAUCUUAUGAAAAAUAGUGGUUACGUGACUACUGGGUUACCAUUGAAGGUAGCUCAGGCAACCACCCCGGAAACUAAGUUCAAAUAUGAUUUUUUGUUAAAAUGGAUAUUGGCAAGGGGUGACCCAAGUUUGAAUAAAAUAAAUAAUGCGAUAUGGAUUGAAUUGUAUACAGUAUUUAAGGACAUGAUGAAAAAUAUAGAUAGGGAUGGGUUUAAUGAUAAAGGGUACUGUUCCGAGAGAAACUGGGACAGUAAAACUAAAGAGUUAUGUAAAAUUUUAUUAAGACUAUUCUUCUGGAUGGAUGGAUUAAAGCAAAAAUGGGAAGGGAAAACAGGCGAUGAAAGAGGAUACUUCUAUUGGGACAAAAGGAAUGAUAAUGAAAUUACACCAAAAGAUUGGAAACUCCAAUCCUAUUAUAGAUGUUUAGUUGGAAAAGUAACUAUGAUGAGCAUGUUAGGCACACAUUGCAGGAUGGAAAAAGUAUUACCAAUAGUUACAGGUGGUGUGGGAGGGAUGAGGAUGGUUAAGAGUAGUGGGAAGGGGAAUGAACUGUGUAGGGGAUUGAAUCUCCGGAAUUUAAAAAUGGGAAGAAGGUUAAUAUGGAGAGAAGUACUGCAAUGGAUAAAUGACUAUAAGAGGGAAGAGCCAGAUCUUGGAAUGGAUUUACACGUAGUACAGGCAGGAAAAACUACACUGCACAGAAUAAGGGACGAAGGACAAGAUGAGAAAUAUUGCCCACACGAGAAGAAAAUCGAGAGGGAAACAUUAAAACAAUUAGAAAUAAGAGCAGACAGCGAUGAAGACCUGUCUCUAGAGGAAGAGAAUGAACCUUUGGACAAGUCUGCUCUGGAAGGACUACUGCAGAAAGCAAAGGAACUGCAGAGCCAGGGGCAGGAUGCAAUGGCGAAACAAUUAGACCAGUCCUUAAAGGCAUUAUCAGUAAAAUCAAGGACUAGGGCACCAGCAAUACAGCAGAAAGGUGAAGACUGUAAGGGUAAAACUGACCUAUGUAAUCGCGUAAAUUGUGUAUCAGAUAAGUGGCACCAGAAUAGAGAUCAUAAUAACGGAGUGAAAUGGAGUAAUAUGGAGAGUGAUAUUAACAAGGAGGCCGAAAAAAUGUUUGACUAUAUAUCUAAUAAGAACGCAGAUAUGGAAACUCAUUGCAAGGGACUUUCACAGCCAAAUAGUAGAAUAGUCACUGACCCAGAGAAAAAAGCAUGCCAAUACAUCACUUCGGGGUUGAAGUACAUAUAUGAAAUUGAAAUAGAUCAGGAUGAUUUGAAAGAUAAGGGAGGAAAGAAGAAAGAGAGUGACGGAGAGAGGAAGAGGAAGGCUGCCGAUAACAGGGAUUUUAAGCAAACUAUGUCCUGUCUGCUCCUAAACGCCUAUGCGGAUAAGUUGCAAGAGAAGGUUACCUCUCCCUGUACGGUCGAUGAGGCUACAAUAAGGCAAGCAUUUGGGGAAGGAAAUAAGCAUCAUACAAAGUGGUGCAAAGAUAAGAGUAAUGGUUGUGAAAUAUGCAACUGGGAUGAGAAAUAUAAAAAUUGUAAAAUAAUCAAUGGCAAAAACGAAGGAGUAGAGCCUAAGUUGAAUUCCUUGUUCCAGAAUAAUGAAAAAAAAAAUAAAUUAGAUAAAGCUAUGAGUGAUAUAAGUACCUUAUGCAAUCGUGCACAAUGUGUAACAACACAAAGGACCAGGGACAAAAGGAAAGCGAGGGGAAAAACGAAAAGGGUGGUUUGGGAGAAGAACAUUUGGGAAGAGGGGGACGUGGAGAAAAUAUUGAAAGACCUUUCUGAAGCUAUAAGCAAGGAAAAUGGAAUCGAUGAAAGUUUAUGUAAGGACACUGAAAAAAAAGGUAGUACAGCUUCGGACACAGAAAAGAAGGCAUGUAAUUACAUUAUGAGGGGGUUAAAACAUACAUAUGGUAUUGAGAAAUAUGGAGGCGGCACAAAUAAUGAACCAGAGAACAACAGAAAAUUUGAUCAAACUAUGUCUUGUGCAGCAUUAAAUGUUUAUGCAGAUAUGCUUAUAGAAAAAACAGCGGGGCAUGCGUGCCCCAUCUUAGAGGAAAAAAUACAAAAAAUGUUCGAAAAAGGAAAUACUAAGAAGGAGGACUGGUGUGUGGAUAAGGAAACUGGUAAGAGUAAUAAUUGUGAUGAAUGCAAAAGACAAAAGUGUGAAAAUGCCAAGAUAGGAGGAAAGAACCUAUGGAAUGAAAUGAAAGAGAAGCUGCUAAAUGGGAAGGAUAAGAGCAAAAUAGAAGAAAAUCUGUCUACUAUAACUACUUUAUGUAAGCUGAGUGCGCAAUCGGAGGCUGCUGCAAAACCCGUUGACCACCAACCAGCAUCACCUCCAAAUGCAGAGGGAUCAGGUAAAAGUGAAACUUCACAAAGUAGUCCAGGUAAUUCUCAAAGUAAAAGUAUCAAAAUUAAGCAUGAAUAUGAUGACCCCAGGGAACUCAUCACUCUCUUGGAUGAAUUGGACAAUCAACCUAAUAAUCCUCAUCCAGAUGAUGAUAAGAGUGAUGACUACUUGAAUAAAGGUACUUGGGGAGAACCAGGUAGUAGUAUGGGUACUGUUUCUGUACAUAAAAUUUCUACCACUACCACUUCAGGUCCAGAUACAACAGUUGACCCUAAGAAUCCAGGUUCUUCCAGUCCAAGUGCUACUGGUACUGAAAACACUCAAGGCGCUAACGACUCAACUAAACAAGUUCAAACCAACGAGAAUAUUAAUACUCUAAAACCCGACGACCACAUAGCCAAUGUUAAUAAGAAUAACCCUCCCAAUUCAAAACCCAACACAGAUACUGAUCAAAGCAGUGAAUCUGGACAAACUAACCAGGAUGGUCCCUCAAAAGGUCCGGAUUAUAGUGUCUCUGAAAAUUCAGCCGAAGUUAGUAACAAGAUCGACCUUUCCGACCUCCUUACCCCAUACCUUCCUACCAUUCCCCUUCUAAUGGGUAUUUCAAUUACAACCUACUUACUUUGGAAGUAUUUUGCCUUUCUUGGUAAGGGAAGAAAACGUCACAGGAGAGCUCCUCAAAUACGUGGUCCCUCCUUAGAACAGCAGAUUGUUGACCAUGUGGACCAACCUGGUCCACAAGUCUUAGACGAAUGUCAAAGGGGGGAUGUGGCAUUAACGAAGGAGGACUUUUUUGAAAUUUUGGUUCAAGAAUUUAUGGGAAGCGAAUUUAUAAAAGGAGAAAAUGUUCCUAAGGAAGAUGUUCCUAAGGAAGGUGUUCCUAAGGAACAGGUUCCAAGUUCAGAUUCCGGGUUUAGGGAAGAAGACUUUGGUCUUAAGGAAGAAGUUUAUAGGGAAGAAGUUCCUAAGGAAAGUGUUCCAUGUUCAGAUUCCGGAGGGAAUGGGUCACCACCGAAACAACAUCAGAAGAAACGUGGGGAUAACAUGACAACAGCAGGAUCGAAUGUGGCGGAUGCAGCCGCCAUGCGGCAGCAAAAAUUUUUCACUACAUUAUUAACAAAAUGGAUCAUGGCAAAGGGAAUGGUUCCGUCGAAGUUGGAAAACUUUAAGGGGGAUGAAGCCGAACAAGGGGAAAGGAAACGGGAACAAGGGGGCGAACCGGACAAGGGGUUCAACCGGACAAGGGAGGAGAGGAACCGGAACAAGGGGGGGAAGGAAACGGGACAACCCGAGUCUAACCGGAUAACGGGGGACAUCAAAACCGCAAUAUGGGUAGAGUUCGAGAAAUUCUGGAAAGACAUGAUGUUUAAUAUACUGGAUGAUGGGGAAGAGGAUAAAGAAAUGUGUACCACUUUCGGCGAAAAUGAGGAGAGGGAAAAGGAGUUAUGCAGAAUUCUAGCAAGAAUGUUUCUUUGGAUGGAUGGAUUAAAGCUAGGACGUAACGAGGCCGGAGGACAGGAUAAGUUCCGAUGGGUACAAAGAGGAGAGGAAGACGAAAAACUGGAAGAAAAGGAACUGAACUCUUAUUUAAGAUGUUUAAUUGGAAAAGUUACUAUGGUAAAAAUGUUGGGAAAACAUUGUCUGUUAAGGGAAGUAGCAAAAACCGUUGCAGGAGGUAGGGAAAAAAUGAGGCAAAAGAAGGGUCUUGGGCAGGGGAAUCAAUUCUGUAAGAACGUGGAUUUCGGAAGUUUAAAAUUGGGGAACAGGUUCAUGUGGGGGGAAAUUGAGAAGUGGAUAGAUGGCUAUGAGAGGACAGACGAUUAUGGUUUUGGGUUAUCGCUAGUAGAUAAAGGAAACAGCAAAUUGCACAAAAUAAGUGGCGAAGUAAAAGACAGUAGCAUUUGCCAAGAGGAAGGGGAAUUGGACCAAACAACCUUAAAGAAUUUAGAAAUAACUGUCUCCAACGACGAUAGUAAAGACCUGUCUCUAGAGGACGACAAGGACACUAAAACUUCGGGGAAGGUGGAGUUGGAGGAAUUAGUAGAGAAGGUCCAAGAUGCAGCGCGUGAGAACUGUAAGGAAAAGAGUGACUUAUGUGAGAAGGCAAAGUGCGUAGCAAAGAAAUUGAAGACGAAGACACCAGGGAAAAGUGAGAAUGAAGUAUGGGAUGACAUUAACACGGAGGCCACAAAUAUGUUUGAGAAAAUAUCUCAGGAUGGCAGCAAAACUGUGCCACCGUACUGUAUUGAUUCAAAGCCAACUAGUAGAAUUGUCACUGACCCAGAGGAAAGGGCAUGCCAAUACAUCACUUCAGGAUUACAGUACAUUUACGAUAUUCCGGAAGAUGGAGACGAAGCACACAAGAAAGAGAACAGAGCGCUCAAACAAACUAUGUUAUGCUUUGUUUUGAACGCUUAUGCAGAUAUGCUGAAAAAGGAGGUGAAAUCUCCCUGUGAGGUCAGUGAGGAAACAAUACAACAAGCAUUCACUCAAGGGAAUAACCAGUUUAAUAAGGGGUGUAAGGAAAAAAAGCAGGAUGGUACGGGUUAUUGUGUUAAGUGUGAAAGGGAUACAAAUUAUGCAAAGUGCGAAGUAAGUGAGAAGAAACUGUGGGAUGAAAUGAAAGAGAAGCUGUUCAAUGGGAAGGAAAGGAGUGAAAUACAACAAACUCUAACUACUAUAAGUUCUCUAAGUAACUUAUGUCACCGUUCACAAUGUGUAAUAACACAAUGGUCCAGGGACAAUUCAACGACGGAAAAUAGGAAGUGGGAGACAGACAGUUGGAACGACAUCAAGGAUAGGAUCAAGCCACUUGCGGACUCCAUGUCUAAGGCAAUAGAAAAUGAGCAUCAAUACUGCAAUGGUAUGGUAGGGAAGAACAAGGAAGUAUGCCAAUACAUUGCUAGAGGAUUGCAACAUAUAUACAACAUUCAAGGAGAAGGGAAGGAUGGGGAUAAAGGUGAACACCAACAAAAUUACAGAUUAUUUAAACAAACUAUGGCCUGUCUAAUAUUAAAUGAAUAUGGAAAUCUCCUUAAGGAAAAAUCUUGUAUCGACGGAAGUACCUUAGAAAAUGCCUUUAAUAUCAAUGGGGGGCUUCACGAAACUGCGUGCAAGGACAAAAAUAAUAAAUGUAUUCAAUGUAAGUGGGACACAUGUUCAAAUUUUAAAAUUGGAGAUAAGGACAUCGACCGGCCAAAAAUAAAAAAGGAACUCGAGAAUAUGAAAGAAUCGAAUACGAGGCACAUUGGUAUAUUUUGGAAUAAUGACGUCAACAAUCAAUUGAAAAGUCUUUCUGAAGACAUGCUCAAGAAUAAAGACAGUGUUGACAGUGAUUGUAAUAGGAUUCCAGGGUUAGAUAAUGCAAACAGGGAGGCUUGCAGGUUCAUUACUGCAGGUUUAAAGCAUAUUUAUGAGAUUAAAAGAGGUAGACCGCAGCCGGGGAAUGACAAAGAAAAGGAGGAAAGGAAGGUAGACGAUAACCUCAUAUUCCAUCGAACUGCGUCCUGUGUCUUAUUAAAUGCAUUUGCGGAUAGAAUGAUAGACCAAACGAAGGGUCAGCCGUGCCCCGUCACAGAAGAAGAAAUAAAAAAAAUGUUUAAUGAAGGAAAUACAAAUAAGGAAGAUUGGUGUAAGGGUACGUAUGCUAAUGGUGGAAAGAUGGAAUGUGAAGUAUGUGAAAGGGUACCAAACUUAAGUUGUGAAAUAGGCAAUAAGAAGGAAUACAAUGUAAAAAACAAAGUGGAUGAAAUGUUCAAUGAUAAGGGGAAGAAUGUGGAAUCACAGAAUGUUCUAACUACUGUAAAUUCUAUAAAUAAUGCAUUAUGUGCACGUGCAAACUGUGUAACAAUUAAUUGGUUUAAGGACAGAGACGAGGGAGGUGGCAAACAGAACUGGUGUACAUAUUGGGAUACGGACUUCAAGAAUAGACUGAUGGAACUGUCUAAGGAUAUGACUGAUAGUACUAAAUCUAUGGACGAUGAGUGUAAAGCCUUUCAGGGGAAAGGUGGGUCAGAUGAUGAUGCUAAUAAAAAAGCAUGUCAGUUAAUUACUGCAGGAUUAAAACAUAUAUAUGGCAUUCAGAAGACUGCAGUAAAAGAAACAGACCAAACGAAGAAGGACAAGGCAGAAAAGAAGGCUGUACAUAAUGUGCAGUUUGAGCAAGUUAUGAAGUGCAUUUUACUGAAUACAUACACAAACAAAAUAACACAAAAAUGUACGACGGUGCAGGAAGAAAAAAUAAAAAUAAUGUUUGAUAAAGGUAAUGCAAAGAUGGUUGAAUGGUGUAAGGGUAAGGGUCCGAAUGGUACGGGUGAUUGUAUAAAGUGUGAAAGGGAACUUACCUUAGAUUGCACAUUAAACGUGGAUAGUAACCUAUGGAGACCAGAUAAUAGUUGCGACAUUGACAAAGAAAAAGUAAAGGAAAAAGUGGAAGAAUUGAUCGAAGGGAAUAAUAGUAAAGUAGAUAAGCCGGACCAAAAAAAAAUAAAGGAUGCUCUGUCUGCUAUAACUGACAUAUGUCCAGUCAAACCUGCUACAGCAGCAAAACCUGUUGCUGCCAAACCAGCAGCAGUACGACCUUCUGCCGCAGGCACUGGAACCUGGAAUCCAGGUUCAUCCAGUACCGGUUCUACAGGAAACUGGAACCCAGGUUCUUCUGGUACCGGUUCCACUGGAACUUGGAAUCCAGGUUCUUCUGGUUCCGGUUCUACUGGAACUUGGAACCCAGGUUCUUCUGGUUCCGGUUCUACUGGAACUUGGAACCCAGGUUCUUCUGGACACGGCAGUACUGGCAUCCAGAACACUGGUAGUCCUAGACCAGGUUCUACGGGAACUUGGAAUCCAGGUUCUUCUAGUCCUGGUAGUACUGGACACCAAUCUCCUGGUUCCUCCGGACCCGGCGCUGCAGGUGAUCCUCCUGCUGGAGGUGGUGGGGGUGGAGGGGGCGGACGAGCAGGACAGGGACCUGGUCCAGGACAACAACCUCCCCCUCCACCACCACCCCAAGACGGUAACCAAUCCCAAGAACCAUCUCUACCACCCCUAGCAGCUGCUCCACCAUCGGUACUACUACAGCAACCAUCAUCAGCAACACAGUCACCAACACCAUCACGAACACAAACAAGAAAGCCACCACCAAUAGAAAAAACAUCAUUAACAGCGGCAGGGGCAAGAAGUAUAGUACCCGCUUCUAGAGGGGGGAAUGAAUGGAAUUUAGGGAAAGACGGGAUCGUCCCUUCUGAUAUUACCCCAUACCUUCCUGUAAUCCCUGUCUUUAUUGGUAUUUCUGCUAUGACCUAUCUCCUUUGGAAGUAUUUUUUCCUCGAAGUCUUAGACGAAUGUCAAAAGGGGGACCUGCAUUCGACGAAGGAAGACUUUUUUGAAAUUUUGGUUCAAGAAUUUAUGGGUUCUGAAUUCAUAAAAGAAGCAAAUGUUCCUAAGAUUCCGGGUUUAGGGAAUGAAGACUUUGUUCCUAAGGAACCUGUCCAAGUUCAGAUUCCGGGUUUUAGGGAGGAAGACUUUCUUCCUAAGAGAGAUGUUCUUAAGGAAGGUGUUCCUGUGGAAGAUGUUCCUAAGGUACAGAUUCAAAGUUCAGGUUCAGAUUCCGGGUUUUAG